AUGUCACGACUACCACAAACCGAUUAUCUGAAAGUCGUGAGGUGCGGCGAGGCGAAAGAGAAACGACUCGGCUUGUCGUACUCGUGGGAAACCCAUUUGAGGGCGUUCGAAAACGGAUCGAAGACGGAGAAAUAUAUUCCGGUGGAGGCGUUCAACACGAAUACCAAUAUCGAUUUUAAGGACAUUCUGAAAGAGGGCCUUAUUUUCGAAUGCAAAAUUCACGAUUACGACAAAGUGACAGACGGUGUCCAAUGUCGCUGGUUCGCGCGGAUCCAGAAAGUGUGCGGCUACCGUGUGUUGGCUCAAUUCAUCGCCAGUGACAAGAAGUUUUGGACGAAUAUGCUCACUGCGGAGAUUCAUAAUAUGCCAGACGCCGAUUCAAAAGAUCCAAAAAUGGUGGAGGUCGCGUAUGUUCCGCCGUAUCACGUAGCCGAGGAGUAUGAAAACGAUCUGGAGAGUUUUAUUCGGAACGCGCUCGAGAGUGAAGUCUACGGUCAGAAUACUCUUGCCCAUAACCACGACGACAAACUGAAUCGCCUUCACGACUCUCGCUUCCACGUAGAUCAACGUCUGGAACUUCUGAAUUACACGAAUUCCCAGGAGAUACGAGUCGCCCGAAUCCAGGAGAUCGCAGGUCGCCGACUCAGUGUUGUGGUAUGCGACGAAGAUUCACCGGUGCCGUUGGGUGAAGCCGAUCGUCAAACUCAGAGCAACGAGUCACUGUAUUGGAUAGACGAGGCGUCUUUCUUCAUAUUUCCCGUGGGCUUCGCGGCCGUCAACGGCUACAAAUUGUCGGCGAAAAAGGAUUACAUCGCGCAUACGAAACGUAUCGCGGCGGAUCUGAAAGCGGGGAAAACGCCGAAAUUUUUGGAGGAAGACGUGACUUUCGACGAUUUGCCGCAUGAAAAAGUGGACGAAGAGGCCUGGAAACGCGUCAAAGUCGGACAAAAAUUCGAGUUGAUCGAUCCGUUGGAUCAAAAAUUCCAGAUUCUCCACGUGGCAUCAAUUAUCAGUUUCUGUGAGACCGAUGGAUAUAUGAUUGUGGGAAUGGACGGUCCAGAUCAACUAGAUGACAGUUUCCCUAUUCAUAUCAAUAAUACGUUCAUGUUUCCUGUUGGAUACGCAGAGAGAAAUGGAUUGAAGUUGGCGGAUCCUCCUGGAUUCGAGGGAACAUUCAAUUGGACGGAUUAUUUGAAGGAGGAGAACGCAGAGAGAAUGCCGUUGGAACUGUUCAGAACCGAACCCACUCAGGAGAGGUUGAACAUGUUUCAGGUCGGAAUGCGUCUCGAAGCGGCCGACAUGUGUGAGAAUCAAUUCAUCUGUCCUGCGACAAUCACAGGAGUACACGGACGGAUCAUAAACGUCAAUUACGACGGAUGGGACGAGGAGUUCGACGAACUCUACGAUAUUGACUCCCACGACAUUCUGCCGAUCGGAUGGUGCGAACUGCACGGCUACAGGCUCCAAGAGCCAAAACGAGAGGGUUAUUAA